AUGUACGUCAAGAGAGCCGAGAGCGUCGCCAGGUGCCCUACGAAAGCAGACACCCUGCUCUUCCCUUCGUGUAUGAGCUGAGGUGCUGACCGACGUCUCCCCACUAGAUUGCUCGAAACUCGGGUGAGGUGCCCCGCUCCCAAGCACCCGACCUUGCAGUCUCGAAAGGUCUCAAGCAAGAGCCAGACGGCACGUCAAGUCUCAAGCGGCCUACUGAAGCAACUCAAGACUCCGAUUUGGCUCGACCCACCAAAAAAGUGGCGAUCGUCCCUGCCAAGAAAGUGCCGACGAUCCCCAGGUCACAAACGAAGCAGGCGAGCGGAGCUGUCAUUACGACCGAAUCGACGAACGGCGCCGUCGCGACUACCUUGCCCACUGGCUCGGUUUUCGAUGCAUCUGAAUCGUGUCCACGAGCGGCGGCCGCGCCCGGCGUGACUGUUUCCAACAAGGUGUCGGCGGUCGCGGCGACAUCCUUCAAGAAAGCUUCGACUUCUCCCCUCCCCGUCGUCGCGUCUGGCUCGACCAGCGCCAAGGUAACAGCCGCUGGCGCUCGAGCUCAAGUAGUAGCUCAGGGCACACCGCCGAAGCCGACGAUCAAGUGCCUCUUGCCAUCUACCGCCGACCAAAACCGAUCCAAGCCGCCCGCUGUGGAACUUCCUGUGCGACGGCCGACCGUCAGAUUCGCUCGAACCGAAGUCUUCUCGACUGCGGAUGGCCGAUCCACCACCGUCUCCGCCAAAGGCGACUUCCUUGGAGUUUGGGUGCCCAAGCACUGA